AUGAAUGUUGUUAUUUUGAUCUCUGUUUUAUCUGUUGGUAACUCAUCUGUUUUCGGUUCAUCAAGAACUUUAGCUGCAUUAGCUGCUGCUGAUCAAGCUCCAAAGAUUUUUGGAUACAUUGAUAAGAACGGUAGACCAUUAGUUGGUGUUGUAUUCCAAUUGGUCAUUGGUUUAUUGUGUUUUGUUGUGGCUUCCGACAAAUAUGGUGAAGUCUUCGACUGGUUGUUGGCUUUGUCAGGUUUAUCCACCUUGUUCUCGUGGACUGCCAUUUGUUUGUCUCACAUUAGAUUUAGAAGAGCUUUAUAUGCUCAAGGUAGAAGUACUGAUGAAAUUGCAUUCACUGCUCAAGCAGGUGUUUACGGUUCUUUCUACGGUGCUGGUUUGAACAUCUUAGUUUUGAUUGCUCAAUUCUGGAUUGCUGUUUGGCCAUUGGGUGGUAAGCCAGAUGCUGAAAAUUUCUUUAUGAACUACUUAUCUUUACCUGUUGUUCUUGCUUUCUACUUGGGUCACAAGAUCUGGACUAGAAACUGGAAAUUGUUCAUUAGAGCCAAAAACAUUGAUAUUGACACUGGUAGAAGAGAAUUAGAUUUGGAUUUGUUCAAGCAAGAAUUGGCCGAAGAAAGAGCAUACAUUGCAUCUUUACCAUUCUAUAAGAGAUGGUGGAACUUCUGGUGUUAA